AUGGAAAGCCAUUAUCCAGUUCACUAUACUUCUAUUUCCUCUUCUUUAAAUAACUGUCCCAUUUCAUCAUCAUCAUUAUUGUUCCACACCCCAUUGGGCUGUCCAAUGUGUUUCUUGUUCUGCUGUCGUUUGAUUGCGAUUCCCCAGUUACCAAUAUUGCCCUUCACGGCGGUGUAUACUCCCAUUAGAAUGAACACAACUCAGCCUCACCAUUUCCAUAGCAAACCAGAAACAAUGCCGCAGACAGAGGACCCAAUUGCAAGUAUCACAUCAAUGGAAACACAAUCCAUUCGGAGUUACAUAAUAAACACACGCACAUAUAUACUAUGCUUGAAGGGAAUAAAACAAAAACAGCAAACAACAAAGAAAAACACAUAUUCGGUGCAAACAAAUGAGCAAAACAAGGGGCAAAGAAACGCCCAAUAA